AUGGAGGAAUUGACGGUGGAGGUCCGUGGCUCCAACGGAGCUUAUUACAAGGGCUUUGUGAAAGAUGUCCAUGAUGAUUCCCUUACCAUUUCCUUUGAAAACAAUUGGCAGCCCCAGAGACAGGUACCCUUCAGUGAUGUGCGGUUGCCACCUCCAGCUGACAGUAAAAAGGACAUUGGUGAGGGAGAGGAGGUGGAGAUUUUUUCCAGAGCGAAUGAGCAGGAGCCCUGUGGCUGGUGGCUUGCUAAAGUUCGAAUGAUGAAAGGAGAUUUCUAUGUAAUUGAAUACGCUGCCUGCGACGCCACAUACAAUGAAAUCGUAACGUUCGAACGUCUCCGGCCAGUGAACCUCAACAAAGCCGUGACUAAGAACACAUUCUUCAAAUGCACGGUGCCUGUUCCAGAAGACCUAAGAUCUGCAUGUGAGAGUGAAUUGGCACACAAGGAUUUCAAGAAGGCAGUGGGAGCCAGUCGGAUCACGUACAACCCAGAAACGAGCCAGCUGGUUAUACUGUCCAUGAACGAAGCCACGGUCAAGCGAGUUUCCCUCCUUAGUGAAAUGCACCUGCGGAGCAUUCGCACUAAGCUGAUGCUCAUGUCCAGGAAUGAAGAGGCCACAAAACACCUCGAGAGUACAAAGCAGCUAGCAUCUGCUUUCCAAGAGGAGUUUACAGUCAGAGAGGACCUCAUGGGUUUGGCCAUUGGCAGUCACGGUAGCAACAUUCAGCAGGCCAGGAAAGUACCAGGAGUAACGGCCAUUGAACUGGAUGAGGAGAGUGGUACUUUCCGGAUUUAUGGAGAGAGUGCUGAAGCCGUACAAAAAGCAAGGAGUUAUUUGGAGUUUCUGGAAGAUUCUAUUCAAAUACCUAGAAACUUGGUUGGUAAGGUGAUUGGAAAAAAUGGAAAAGUCAUCCAAGAGAUUGUCGACAAAUCUGGGGUGGUGCGGGUACGAAUUGAAGGUGACAAUGACAACAAACUCCCACGACAAGAAGGAAUGGUUCCCUUUACAUUUGUUGGAACCAAGGAGGCCAUCGGCAAUGUCCAAGUCCUGCUGGAGUACCAUAUCGCCUACCUGAACGAGGUGGAGCAGCUGAGACUGGAAAGAUUGCAGAUCGAUGAGCAGUUGCGGCAGAUCGGCAUGGGGUACAGGCCCGCCACCGGCCGUCCCACCGACAAGGACAAAGGGUACACCACCGAUGAGAGCGUUUCCAACACCCCCUUACACACCAGUCGCUCAUAUAGCGGCAGGGGCCGUGGGCGCAGGGGCCCAAACUACACCUCUGGCUAUGGAACCAACUCUGAGCAAUCAAACGCAUCGGAGACAGACUCGGAGCGUAAAGAUGAGCUAAGUGACUGGUCCCUAGCUGGAGAGGAGCCUGAACGGGGCCCCAGGCAGCAGAGAGACAGUAGGAGGAGACCUGGAACUGGCAGGGGCCGUGGAGGGCCAGCAGGGAGAGGGCGUGGAGCUGGGAGAGGAGCGUCUAACUCCUCCAUUAGCUCUGUUCUGAAGGACCCGGAUGGAAAUCCAUACAGCCUCCUCGACAACACCGAGACCGACCAGACCGCCGAUACCGAUGCCAGUGAAUCUCACGCCAACGCCAACCGCCGCCGUCGCUCCCGUCGCCGCCGCACUGACGAGGACAGCACGCUGAUAGAUGGAAUGAGUGAGUCCGACAACGCCUCUCUCAGCGAGAACGGCCUUGAUGCCUCCGAGGCUAAACCGCAGCGGCGUAAUCGUAGUCGCCGCCGCCGCUUCCGGCCCCCAGAGGAAAGGCAGCCAGUGACAGUAGCUGAUUACAUAUCACGUGCUGAAUCGCAGAGCAGACAGAGGAACCCAAGAGAUCUGAAAAAGAACAAAAAAGAUGUGGGCCAAGUGGAGAGCAUAGCAGAGCACAGCCCCUCUGCUGCAGUGAGUAACGGCCCCAGUUCCAAAACCAACAACGCUCUGCAAGCUUCCACAGAGAGGGUGGCCAAAGUCAGUUACCAAGGCGACGGAACCAAGCCCACUGUCCUUAACGGGGUCUCUUAAUCAGUUGAUCUGUUUCUUCUUUCCCCCUGAAAGUUGUAACCUUUACAUUUUUACAAUAGUGCUUGUACAAGCUUGCCAAAGAUAGACAUAUGGACUUCCAGAUUUCUCUACUGCACUUUUCCGUUCCUUCACGGUGGAACAAAUAGGGGAUGGAUCGACAGAAAAAAAAAAAAAAUACUGAGGAGACAAAGAAAAGAAAAAAAACUUCAGUUACACCUAACUAUGUUUGAAGUACAUGAUGUUGUGCCUUCAGAAAGUAGUUUCAACUUUAAAAAAAAAAAAGUUGGCUGGCUGUAGGAAAACGUAAACCCAUCUGAGACAGUGAUGGGGAGGGAGGGGAGAAACCCAUGCAUUCUAAUAUUUGUUGAAGAGAAGUUAGCUGCUUUUUUGUUAUGUUUUAAUAUGCAACCACUUCUUCAUUUGUGGGGGGGGGAUUAUAAAAAAAAUAGGAAAUGCAGUCUGGAAAAGGAAAAGAAAUGUUUUGCACUGAAUUGUAAUUUCUUUCCCUUUAGAAUAAUGUUAGUCUGGAAACUGGUCUGUUAACUUUGUCCAUUUAAAUGCUGUAAAAACACUCCACUGAGUUGACAAAAGGACUGAAUUUGCUUCUCAUUCAUGGUCAGGUAGGCUGUAAUGAUCUUAAUGACAGUGACUGUUGGAAAUAAAAAGGAGCCUUGUUUUGGUUUAUUUAUUUUAAAAAUGUACAGUAUUUAAACAAAAACUGAGCAGUUAUUCUUUUAACACUAAACUGGCUUAACAUAUUUGCACGCAGGUGACAAUUUGGACUACUGAAAGAUCAAUUUCCAGAUUUUCUCUUCUGUAAUCUACAUUUGUUAGUCCUUGUUUUUUUUUAAAGAUCAUUCUGGUUGUUUGAUGUGCAAUAUGUUUUGUAUGCAGGUAGUUCUUAAAUAAAAUUUGAUCUUCCA